AUGGCUGCAAAACAGAUCAUCACCCUCAUCACCGGUGCAAACCAAGGCAUCGGGUUCGAAGUUGCCAAAAACCUCAUCCUCAGCUCAGCAUCCUACCACGUCAUAAUCGGCAGCCGUGACCCCAACAAAGGCGCCAAAGCCAUCGCCGAUCUACAAGCCCUACCAGACAUCAAGGGGACGCUCGACACGCUUGAAAUCGAAGUCACUGACGAUAAAUCCGUUGACGCAGCCGCAGAGACAUUUGCCGCAAAAUAUGGCCGUCUUGACGUCCUUGUCAACAACGCCGGUAUCCUCAGUCAAUUACCAUCAAGACGAGACAACUUUCGCGCCGUGUUGAACGUCAAUGUCAUCGGCGCAGCUAGUGUGACCGAGGCGUUUCUACCGCUACUCCGAAAAUCAGAAGAGCCGCGAUUAAUCUUUGUUGGAUCCAGCAUGGGAUCUAUCAUUGGCGCAUCGGAUCCGAACUCACCGUACUAUCGACCCGUGGCGACGGAGUAUCGUGCCAGCAAGGCGGCGUUGAAUAUGCUGAUGGUGCAAUACCAUCACAUUCUGGGGUUGGAGGAUAAGAAGUGGAAAGUUUUCACCGCUGAUCCUGGUAUUAAUGCCACGAACUUUGUAGGGGAUGUGGAGUCUCUCAGGGCCAUAGGAGCCCCUGAGCCUCAUGUUGGUGGGGCAGUCAUUGCUGCUGCUGUCAAGGGAGAACGAGAUGCAGAUGUCGGAAAGAUGGUUGGUAAAUAUGGCGUGUCACCUUGGUAA